AGAUUUUAGAAUAGCUGAUAUAUAAAAUAAGAAGAAACAACGACAUCGCCGUCUAAAUGUUAGGACCAACCUAAUCUAUUUGGGGUGGUAUAGUACACUGAACAUGAAUGGAUGUCUGCUGGACAUCAACUAUAGAUUCCCUUUUCUGGGAAUAGGUAACCAUGUCGUUAAAGAGUUAAUGAGACUGUGAGUCCUUCAUGAGUAUCUGCUACUAGGCCCUGUUUAUUUGUGAGCCCUUGUUGUGUACAUGCCUUAAAUGUCUCAUGACCUACUGCAUGGGUCAAGCCAUAACCUCCUCCAUUCUUGUGUUAAAUGAAUGUGAGGAUUGUCAUGUAUGAGUCAUACCUUGGGACCUUAAAGGUGUGUGUAAUCCACUUCGAUGCAUUCUAGUUCCCACUUACCAGUAUAAAAAGUCCUACUGCAUAUCAGAAAUUUAAAAUAAUUAUUAUUUUUUUAAAAUCUGACACUAACUAUAUCAUUAAAAUAUAAAUCUUCCUGUUGGCUUCUUUAACAGUAGUCACAAAACGUUUAAAUGUAUAUAAAAUGGUAUCUAAUACAGCUAUGUGCAAAAGUUUAGUAUCACAUAGAAUUUUAGGAUUGAGACAUAACUUAAAAAGAAAAAAAAAACAAUAUAAACAUGUUUUAGAUAUUUUAUUUAACAUCAUGUAAUCAAAUAAACUACAAAAUUAUAUUGCAAAAGUCUACCGGAAGCCAUACUAGCAGUACAUUAUUUAAUGUUGAAAUGUCACUUUUUUCAAGUUGUCAGUUUUUUAAGUACUGUAUAUAGAAAACUAUAAAGCGGUAGGUAAUUCAGUAUGUUAACGUAACAUUAUUCAGCAGGUUUCAUAGACUUUAUGAAGCAAAAUUCUAUAGGGUGAUGCAAAACCUUUGGCUAUCUUUCAAAACUGCAAAGAGGUCCAGAAAAGUAACUCCACACAACAGGCAAGAUAUAUGAAUAUGGAAUUUUUUUUUUUAAGUGUUUAAAAAUGUAUUGCUUUUACAGAAUUACUUAUUUUUGUUUUAAUUAAAAGUCAACCAACUAUUUGAGUUGAUAGUUUUACUUUUGCAUAUGCUGGUGUUAACUUUUACUUUGUGUGCAUCUCUGGCAGUAAAAAAUAUAUGUGUUCCAAAAUGUGUGCAUUCUCACCCCUUAAAGAAUAGCAAAGUGUGAUGUAAGCCUAAACUCAGCAGGUAGAAAUAAAUAAAAAUGAGUACAAAUUAAAAUCAGAUUAAAAUAAAAAAAAAAUCAAUUUAAUAAUAAUACCUCUCUAUAUGAUCAGAACUUUGAGACGAUCCCCUUUUAAAGGAGAGAUUUCUGCAGCACAGAAAUGCCACGUUGCAGAAUAUUCGUACAUUAGGGGUGUGUCUGAGGAUGAAGGGCGAUCUGGGGGGAUAUUUGCACUUAAGAGGGUCAGGUAUUUCUCACCAGUCUGGGGAGAGUAAAUUUCUGCUGGUGGCCCUCUGAGAUCAGCCUGACAAACUGAGAGGCAGAUGAAAUCCUGCCUUGAAGUACCAGGUAGCUAGUUCACUAGGCUGACCAGGGGGACUAAAAUCGCUGGAUGAUAUAAUGAUGAAAAAAGUCUUAAGAAGGCAGUAAAAUUGAGUACUACCUGGGACACGUGUCUGUACUUGCAUACGCUGAGAUAGGCUUUAGCACACUGAGAUAGGCUGUAGCACACUGAAAUCAUGGCAGCUUCAAAUGCAAAGGUUUCAUCUGCAUCAAGGCGAGGAGUCAGGCCGUGGCUGAUUGUCUGGGCCCUUGUUGCUCUGCAGUCUCUUCAGUCCUAUGGACAGGAUUUUUCUGGCUACCAUUCAGGAGAUUACGAUUCCCAUGUCUAUGAAGGAUCAGCGGUAGAAGAUUUAAAUGGCGAGCCAUCAGGUUACCCCCAUCCAGAUGAGUACCCUGUGGAGCCCACACCUGGUUAUGAAGAGCACACAGCUUCUGGCUACCCCUAUCCCCAAACUACUCCACUGGUUACAAUGAUCACUGAAGAGGAGUACCCUUACGCCACAACCACAGAGUCCUAUGUUGCUGCUAAAGAGGUCACCACCAUGACUACUAGUGUGCCCUACCGCUUCCCAACAACCACCCCCGAGCCAUAUGAUGACUACUUCCCUGCCCCUGAAGUCUAUGAUGACGAAGGGACGGAUGUUCUUGCGGAGAUGAGGGUACCCAGUGCUGUGGGAGUGAAUAUUGUGCCAGGAACCCAGCAGGACAUAAGUGCUUAUCGCCUUGGACCAAAAGUGCAGGUUAGACGGGAAACAAGACUGGUUCAGCCACAUGGGUUCCCUCAGGAGUUCUCAAUGGUUUCCACAUUUCGGAUGCUGGAGGACACUCCAAAGGAGGUGUGGAACCUGGUGGACGUGAAGGACCAGCAAGGUGGAGACCAGUUCCACCUGCGGCUCUACGGGGAGAUCGACGCUGUCGAUGUCUUCAACGCGGCCGCUGCUGGGGAGGAGAAGGUCACCACUUUUGAAAACGUAGGCCGCCUCUUCGACGGAGAGUGGCACAAGCUCUCGCUCAGCGCUCAGAAGAGCCAGCUCACCCUGUACGUGGAUUGCCAGCAGGUCGGCAGCGCCCCCUUCAGUCAACACGGAUCCAUCAGAACUGAUGGCCUGACAUCUUUAGCCACAAGAAGUAGGGAUGCUGCAACCCUUCCUGUUGAUGUUCAGCAACUGCAGAUUUACAGCAACCCCAACAAAGCAGGAGACGAACCCUGUUGUGACAUCCCAGGAACUAAAGAUGAACGGCCCAACAGAAUGUGA